AUGUUAGUAUUGAAAAACAUGUUCCUUGACAAAAUAAAACCAACUACAGAAAUAAACGACGCAAGACUGAAAGAUUGGGUAAAAGCUUUCCCAUUCACAAAAGAUAUAGUUGGUAACAUGGAAAGAAAACCAGAAUGGCUACAAAAACAUAUAUUUGGAAACGAGCAUAUUCCAUAUGGACAGGCACUGUUUGAAGAGCUUGAACCGGAAACUCAGGAAAGAGUCAUGCAAACAAUACGCGAAGACUCAAAUACAAACUAUGACAAACUCUUUCUAGGAUAUAGGUUACCUGAGAUGGGCGACCAGAGCCAAAAGGCAAAAAGGACAUGGGAAAUUUGCAACAUACUAGAUGAACAUAAUGCAAAGAUGCAACAACUUCAAGCAGAGGGCAAUGAAGGAAAAAGAAGAGUUAAAAACUCAGUCAGGAAGAAAGUAAAGCUUGGUCCACGUGGGUUCUAUUAUGACAUAUAA